UGCUCAAAACCUCAUCCCAGCACCCAGCUCUGUGUUUGGCACACAACAGGUGCUCAAUAAGGUGUGAACGACUAGCAGGUAUUACUUUUCAAAACUGUGAGGGGCUGGUUUAGCAAUGACAGGGAGACGGGUUUUGCACCCCGCCGCCCGCCUGGCUCCACCUCUAGCCUGUCAGGUCCCGCCACCGGCGUUUCCGCCUCUGCCGCCUCGCGGCGCGGAGUGUCUGGCGCCCGUCCUGCAGCCCUGGCGCUCUGCUCGGCGGCCCGGGGCCGCCUCACCCGCACUGGCGAGGGGAGGGGAGGGGACCAGACUCGUCUGGGAACUGGCCUGGGCCGCUCCUGCCUGGGCCUCUGCCCGCUUCCUGCGCCUCCCUCCAGCCUCCCGCAGCCUCCCCCAUCAGGGUCUGCUCUGGGACCUCGGAGGCCCAGUCGCUGAGCCUCGCCCCACGGACCUGCUUCUCCGACGUCCCCAGCAGGCUCCCCGGCCGCGGCUCUGCGAGCUGUUGGGUCCUGAGCGCCCCACCACUUUGGGCCUGGCCUCCGUGUUCUCCAACCGUGCAUCCCGGAAGUCGGCCUCACGCACUGAGAACAACAUGGCAGAGGACGAGGGCUACCGGAACCCCACGGAGGUGCAGAUGAGCCAGCUGGUGCUGCCCUGCCACACCAACCAGCGCGGCGAGCUGAGCGUCGGGCAGCUGCUCAAAUGGAUUGACACCACCGCCUGCCUGUCUGCGGAGAGGCAUGCUGGCUGCCCCUGCGUCACAGCCUCCAUGGACGAUAUCUAUUUUGAGCACACCAUUAGUGUUGGACAAGUGGUGAAUAUCAAGGCCAAGGUGAACCGGGCCUUCAACUCCAGUAUGGAGGUGGGCAUCCAGGUGGCCUCCGAGGACCUGUGCUCUGACAAGCAGUGGAGCGUGUGCAAGGCCUUGGCCACCUUUGUGGCCCACCGGGAGGUCUCCAAGGUGAAGCUGAAGCAGAUCACGCCGCGGACCGAGGAGGAGAAGACAGAGCACAGCGUGGCAGCCGAGCGCCGGCGCAUGCGGCUGGUCUACACAGACACCAUCAAGGACCUCCUGGCCAACUGCGUCAUUCAGGAUGAUCUGGAGAGCAGAGACUGUAGUCGUAUGGUGCCAGCCGAGAAGACCCGAGUGGAGAGUGUGGAGCUGGUCCUGCCCCCACACGCCAAUCACCAGGGCAAUACUUUUGGGGGCCAGAUCAUGGCCUGGAUGGAGAACGUGGCCACCAUUGCAGCCAGCCGUCUGUGCCAUGCCCACCCUACGCUGAAGGCCAUUGAGAUGUUCCACUUCCGGGGCCCGUCCCAGGUUGGGGACCGUCUGGUGCUGAAGGCCAUCGUGAACAACGCUUUCAAGAACAGCAUGGAGGUGGGCGUGUGUGUGGAGGCCUACCGCCAGGAGGCCGAGACCCAGCGGCGGCACAUCAACAGUGCCUUCAUGACCUUUGUGGUCCUCGAUGCAGAUAACCAGCCUCAGAUGCUGCCCUGGAUUCGGCCCCAGCCUGGGGAUGGCGAGCGGCGGUACCGAGAGGCCAGUGCCAGGAAGAAGAUUCGCCUGGACAGGAAAUACAUUGUGUCCUGUAAGCAGGCGGAGAUGCCCCUCUCUGUCCCCUGGGACCCUAGCAACCAGGUGUACCUGAGCUACAACAACGUCUCCUCCCUGAAGAUGCUCGUGGCCAGGGACAACUGGGUGCUGUCCUCAGAGACCAGCCAGGUCCGCCUGUACACUCUAGAGGAGGACAAGUUCCUCUCCUUCCACAUGGAGAUGCUGGUGAACGUGGACGCCGCCCAGGCCUUCCUGCUCCUCUCAGACCUCCGUCGGAGGCCGGAAUGGGACAAGCACUACCGGAGCGUGGAGCUAGUGCAGCAGGUGGACGAGGAUGAUGCCAUCUACCACAUCAUCAGCCCCGCCCUCGGUGGUGACCCCAAGCCCCAGGAUUUUGUGAUCCUGGCCUCUCGGCGGAAGCCUUGUGACAACAGGGACCCCUAUGUCAUUGCGAUGAGGUCAGUCACGCUGCCCACGCACCUCGAGACCUCGGAGCACAGGCGUGGGGAGACCAUCUGCUCAGGCUUCUGCUUCUGGCAGGAGGGGGAUCAGUGGACCAAGGUGUCCUACUAUAACCAGGCCACCCCAGGCCUUCUCAAGUACGUGACCACCAACGUGACUGGCCUCUCGUCUGCGUUCUACACCACCUUCAAGGCUUGUGAGCAGUUCCUCCUGGACAACCGGAACGACCUGGCCCCCAGCCUCCAGACCCUCUAGGCAUCUUCAGCGGCCACCUCACGCCCACCUCCCACUCCAUGCUGCCCUGAGGACACACACGCAGGGGACCGAGGGAGGCAGAGGCAUUUAUUCCUUCCUGCCACCCCCGUGGGAAACCUGGACCCAGGGCUCCACCAGCCCAGCUCCCCUGGGUGGUCACUUUCUGCCAACGUCCACCAGCAAGUCUUGGUAGGAACUCUGGGGUAGCCUGUAGUAGACUCGGGUCCUCUCCACGGCCCUGGCUGCCAGCAGCACUGCCCGCACAGAUGCAUAGCUGCCCCAGCUGGGGCUGUGUUCCACUGUGACAGUGGCCCGGGGGGAGGCUGCCAACAGCCUGGCCACGACUCCAGCCGUGCUCUGGCCCAGCGGCCCAGCCUGAAGCUGGAAGGACACGGGUUGCCAGAGGCCCUGGCACAGCUCCAGCAUAUCUGUGAGCAGCUGUUCCCUGUAGCCACUGCUCAGCACUUCCUCGGGCCAGCCUGGUGCCACUGUCACAUGGGGGAAAACCUCGGCCACAGCUGUAAGCAGCUCCCUGCCAGUCACGUAGCCAGGGACCACAAAACUCCCGUGGGAGAUUGUGGCCCCGACCCACACAGGCCUAGGCAGGUGGCCAAGGGUGGAGAGGGUGGCCAGUGUGGCCAGGGAUGGCCGGAGGGCCGUGGGCUCUGCUAUGUGCACGUGGAUGCCCCAGCGUCCGGCGCGCGUGGCCAGCUGCAGCAGGCAGAACUCCAGUGUCAGGACACGGCCAUCUGGGGCAUGUACGAUGGGCACGGGGUCCCCAGCUGCAGGCUCCAGGAGGCCAGCUUCCAGCAGGAUCAUGCCUUCUCUGUCUGGAAGAAGCAAUGGAGGCAGCAGCGGGGCAAUGGGAUCUGUCGAUCAGAUCUGGGUUCCAGGUGGAAGGGCUGCUUUGUGAAUGUGCCCGGGGCUCGUCAGAAUGAUACAAUGAGUUGCUAGCUCGGCUCUGGGCCCUUGCCUGUGGCUCAGCCCUGGGGCCCACGUCCACCUCUCUUGCAGCGUGUUGUGACUGAGGGCUCACAGAUGCUGAAGGCCCGGAGCCCCGCACUUGUGACAGCGCUGUACUCCCUACCUUGCAGCCGUGUUGCUAUGGUAACAGAGAUCUGAGGCAGCUUCCCCAAGUGUAGGAAACUUGUGGUUGAGCUAGGAGCACAGGGGCUGCAGGUGGACCUUACCUGGGAGUCGCACUGUCGCUGUGCUCCUGUUGCCCUGGAUGUCAGGAACCAGCCACUCCACGCUCAGACCCUCAUCCCCAGGGAGUUGGAGAAAGGGGAUCAGGCUGCCUCCCGUGUAGUAGCUUUGCUUCCGUGAGGCGUUCACUGUGGGGCAAAUUGCCAGGAUGAAGAGCCCUUCUGUGCACCGCGCAUCCUCUCUAAGCCUCACAGCAAGCUUCCUGGGAGCUGUAAUUCCCUGUUUUCUAGAUUACAGGUGAUUUGCCCAAGGUCCUACAGCCAGUAGGCAGGGUUGCUGGGAUUGGAACCUGAUGGGGCCAGGUCCGUCUGGCCCCAAAGCUGGUAUUCCUCCCCCUCACCAAGAUGGCUCCCAAGGCAGGAAUGUUGGGUCUGAUGGGUCCCCUUUGAGAUGGCCUAACUGCAGGCUGUCCUAGGUUUGGAGUCAGGAGAGUGAGGUGUUUGGACAAGGUAGUGUCUGCAGGUACACUGGAGGGGCCAUUCUCUGAAAUGCUAGAGUAAACCUUAGAGGAACUGUAUUACAAGGGGAAGCGUAUGGGGUUUGGAAUUUGCUGGUUCCAGUAGGAGCUGUGCCACGUUCAAGCUGAAUGACUUUGUAUAAAUUACCUAACUGUUCUGAAUCUCAGUUUCCCUAUCUGUAAAAUGGAAUCCCUGCUUCACAGAUCUAUAAAGCUUAGCAUACUGUACUGGGGUCUGGCAUACAACUGGCGCUUAAAACGAUUCCUUCCUCCUAUCCCUCCUAGGAUUUUCCCCUUCCAGUGCCCCAUCCCACCUAACUCUGCUGCCGUGUCUACCAAGUGCUGCCCUGUGCAGAAUCCGGCCCCACCGCCCUUUCCCACGCUGCCCAGACCCCUCCCUACUGGCGAGCUGCUUGAACUGGGACAGGAGAGGCUCGAAGAGGUCAUAGUAGACUUGGUGGGUGGCGGUGUUGUCCCGGACGUAGAGGAGAUCGUCCACUGACACGGGGUCUGAGGUGGCCUGCCACAGCGUCAGGCUGUACCUGGGGUCGAGAGCCAGCUCAGUGCCUGCCUGGGCCCAGCAGCCCUCAGCCCCACUCCUGUGCUCAGAGCUGGACCCGAGCUGGGCAGGGGGGGAACACUACCCUGCUUCCUGGGGGCAGAAGAAGCCACAGAGGCCUCGGGAACGAUGACUGAGAGUAGAGGCUGAGGAGGAGGGGAGAUGGACUGCCCUGCCUCCUCAUUUGGAGUGUCUAUUUCUGGGUCCUGUCUUAGGAAGGAGACAAGGAUAGAAGAGACGGGCGCAGGGGGUGGGGCUAGAGGUCAGGUAUGAAGAGGGGAAGGGGGCGGCCUCCAGUGGGGAGAGGCUGAGGAAGGUGGGGCAGCUGGGGACAGAGUGCAGGGGUGGGGAUGGGGCUUCCUCAAUCCCUACAGAGCUAUCUUGGGGCAGAGGCUAUAGGUGCAAUCUGGGCAGCCCCAGGGAACAGCUGGCUUCCAUGGGAGGAAGCUGUGGGAGGCAAAUUGUGUCUCAGUGUAGACACUUUCCAACGGGCAGAGAGUUGUCUGUCAAUGGACGGGCUGCCUCAGAUGAUAGUGAGCUCCCCAUUACCGGAGGCAUACAAGCAGAAAGCAGGGACAUUGUAGAGCAUGUGAGCACCAGCAGAGGUUGGACCAGAUGAUCAAUAAGACCCUUCUAGCCAUGAGCCUCUGGGAUCUUCGGGGGGCAUCAGUGCCUGGGAGCGGGUUUGGAGGGAGUGGGAGCUGUGGCAGGGGCCUGGGAGUCCUCACCUCUCAGAUUGGCCCAGCAGCCAGCUGAAGUGGGGCCAGGCAGCCCGUACCAUGACAGCCCGCACAGGGAAGGUGACCUUCUGUGGCAGUCCUCCCACCAGCCCCUGCAUCUUCUCUACCAUGGCUCGGGUAUAUGUCCCGUUUGGGAACAGGGGCAGGUAGAGGGUGGUCCAGCCUGGAGACAGGGUUGCCUUAGAAUACUUCUCCUGGACCAAGGCCAGGAACCUGCAGAGAAUCAGAGAUGCUGGUCUUUUAGAGCCCCUUCCUCAUCUCCCAGGUUCCCAUCACAGUGCUAAGAAGAGGCAGGAUCUCUCGCAUCUAUGAUAUAAGGGCACAGUCCUAAAGAACAGAAAUGGCUUGCUCAAAGUCCCACAGUAGGGCAUGGACUUUGGUGUUGGGGAGGUCUGGGUUUGGGUCCUGAUUCUGUGACCUUGGGCAGCUCACCCAGCCCCUUUGAUUCUCAAAGAUGGCAUCCUUUCAGGCAGGACAGCCCUUCGUAAACAUACCCACAUGGACGGGGGAAUCUAAAGCCCCAGGUGUGGGAUGUGGGUUCUCCCAGCUGUGAGAGUCUCUGAACUUUCAUAUUUUAUUUAAAAAUUUCAUUCAGAUUUUGCCUUAAUGCAAAUUUUAAUAGGCAAAUAAUGUUACCCUCUCCCUCUCCCCAAAUUAUUGAGUAAUUUUCUUCACUCCAAGAAGGUGAACCAUCAUUUAUCUUGGGCCACUGACUACAUUUUCAAACUGCUGCUUUCCAAAUGCACCUCAGUUUGAGAAUCGUGAUAAAUAUUGGACAGACGGAUUGUUGGCUGACUGGCUGCAAAGAUGGAUGGAUGGAUGGAUGGACGGUAAAGAGCGUGGAGGUUAGAGUCAGAUGGGCCUGGUUUUGAAUCUUUCCUCUGCCAAUUACUAGAUUCAGGCAAGUCAUUUAACUUCAGUGAGAUAUUUCCUGUAUUAAUAAAAUGAAAAUAAUAUUACCUACCUCAUUCUCAAGUAAGAGUUAAGUGGUAUUCUACAACUAGAGUACUUAAAACAGUGCCUGUGACACAUAAUAAACAUUCAACAGAUUGUGCCUCAA